UUUCGGCUAUGUUCGCUUCGGUUCGUUUGGACGCCGUGUAGCAUCUAGCGCGUAGGUAUAUUAUUGUGUGGCUGUUCUUCCUUGUGUCGCUGGUGAAAUAUACUUGUUCUAAGAAAAUGGCAGAUGUUUCCAAAGAAGAUCUCAAAAAGGAAAUCGCAAAAAUUCUUAAAAAUGCAAACCUGGCUAAAACCUCUACCAAGAAGGUCAUCCAGAAGCUUGAGAAGGUGUUUGACACCGACUUAGCUGACAAGAAGAAAAUAAUCGACCAGCUUGUGAUGGACUAUGUGAAUAGUAAAGCUUCAGAAGACGAGGCAGAGGACGAAGAAGAGGAAGAGGAAGAAGAGGAAGAAGAGAAAAAGCCAGCUAAGCGCGCUGCCCCGCCUGCCAAGGCAUCCUCAAAGAAAGCCAGAAAAGACAGCACUGAAGAAGAUGAGGCAGAUGGCACCAAUGAAAGUGAAUCAGAGGAAGAGAAAAAGAAGCCUGCGCCCAAGAAGGGCAAAAAGAAGAAGGGCUCCGAGGAUUCAGACAGCGAUUGGGGAAAGAAGAAGGAGAAAGCUCCUAAAACAAAGAAGGCCGGUGGUCGCGGCAAAGGUGGCGGCUACACCCGCGCUUACAAACUGUCACCGUCUCUCGCUGAGUUGAUGGGACAAGACGAGAUGCCCCGGCACGAGGUGGUCAAGCGUGUGUGGACCAUCAUUAAAGAGAAGAACCUCUAUGACCCCAACAACAAACAGUUCGCCAUUUGCGACGAUGCUCUCUACAAAGUCAUCGGCACAAAGAGAUUCCGUACCUUUGGUAUGAUGAAAUACUUAAAAACGCAUUUCCUCGAUGAGUAAGUAAGAUUAAUUUAGGAUAUGGAGACUAAAGCCUGCGAUAGCCAGACAUUCCUUAUGAUAGCUGAAAGUUUAUCAGCAGUGCUCCUACCAUAGGCAAAUAUAGCGAAUUAUAGAGUUUGGACAUAAAGCAUUAUUUUUU